AUGGCUCUCAAGAACGAUUGCUCCAAGAUUGAAGACAUCGAAUCAGGAGCAGCAACUUUCUCCGCUCCAGACGCCACGCUCCCCGCCUCCUCGUCGCCACCCAGAAACUCGCUCCCACUCUUUUGCUGCGCACCGCUCGCAAAGAACGCGUUUCCCGCAAGUGGCAGCGCGAAUGAGGAGAAUCCGGGAGAGUUCACCGCAAUUUACCCUUCCGAUUUGCACAUCGCCAACCCUGAGGAAUCCCGCGAGCCUGCUGACGACGCCGCUGCUGCAUGGGCGCGCGGAAAUGCGGGUGGUGGUUGGCACUGCAGCGCGCGUGAAAUACUGGGGCAUCUCGUCGCCGCGCGUUAUGGUGCAUGUGGAAUGCACGAUGCAGCUGGACCCCCAUCACUCGCCUCCCUGCCACCCGCCGCCCCUAUUCUUCGGAAGCUUAUCCUCAGCGCAUGCCCAUCCAUUGAUGGGGCCGGCGACUUUCGGCCGUAUCUUAAGGUGUUUCGGAGGGGAGCACAAGUGAGCAGCAGUGACUUGCCUGGGGAGGUGAGGCGUGGGGGAGGUGAAGCGUGGGGGAAGUUCCUCCAUCCUUCCCCACGGGGUCAGCCUGGAUGGCGCCCUUUGAGGUCAACGCCCCUGUGUGGGGCGACUGACUAUGCCUCCCCCCUUUCCCCAUCGCCUCAUUCCCCCCUUCCCCACUCCCCACCCUUCCCACCCGCGUACCUCCAGGUGCCGCCCUCCUUCCCUACUGGUUCAGCCUGGAUGGUGCCCUUUGAGAUCAACGCCCCUGUUCCUCCAUCCUUCCCCACGGGGUCAGCGUGGAUGGUGCCCUUCGAGGUGCUGCCAUCCUUCCCCACGGGUGGACAGGUAGCAUUUGGGAAGGUAGCUCGUGGGGAGGUAGCACGUGAGGAGGUAGCAUGUGGGGAGGUAGCAUGUGGAGAGGUAGCACAUGGGGAGGUAGCACGUGGGGAGAUACCACGCAACAGCAGCAGGGACGAGAGCGAGCCCGUGUUUGUCUUCGCUUUCCACUCGGCUUUCCUACGCAUCGGCCUCACUCGAAUAACCCUUCACGAGAAUGGGCUCGUACACCCUCCUCUUCCCAUCUCUAUCCCCUCCACCCUUCUCCCCUUUUUCUACCACCCCAUCUGCUCGACUGUGCGUAUGGGGGAGGCAAUUACCCGCCGAUUUCCCCUCUUAGUACCCAACCAGCUCAGCUCCUCCUCUACUGCUUCACUUUUCCUCCCCUCCGUUCACCCCCUUUUCUACCACCCCAGCAGCUCGACUCUUGACUGUGCAUACGGGGGGGACAUCCAAGUACCGGCCGAUUUCUUCAUCGACGUGCUGAUAGAUAUGCCGCAGCCACGUGGCGGCGUGACAUUGGCCGACGCCAACCCCGACGGCGCGCCAGCUGGCACGAUGCUGACGUGGCAGCAGCUUCUGGCGGCGUACCGGGACGACUUUGUGGAAGCUUCCAGGAAGCAGCGGAUGGCUCAAGAGAGGGAAGAGACGAGGCUGGGGAGAGCUGAGGCAGAGGGGAGUGAGCGGGAGGGAGAGGAAGGAGUGAACGGGAGAGGCAGCAGCACGUUCACAUCGGAUCAGCAAGAGCAUUUCAAACGGGAGAUUUCUCAAAGUGCUCUUGCAACGGAGGCAGUAGACCGGAGGGGCAGGGUGCCUCCGUUGCAAGAGCAACAGAGGGACCGGAGGGAUGCAGUGGGGGAUGGGGUGGGGGAUGAGAGGAGGAGCCUGGCUCGCAGCCUGGUGACAGAGGUGCAAGCCCACCCUCUCCUGCGCCACACAGGGCAAGCAAGCCACCCGGGCAUGCUGUGUGUGCUGUCCAUGCCGCCCGGUGUGGCAUCCAUGCCGCCCGGAACAGCGUUCAUGUCGCCUGAAGUGAUGUCCUCUCGAUACGAGUUCCCUCCCACUCCCACAACGCCUCACAUGCCGCCCUCCCCCCACUCGCCCCUUCCCCACUCACCCCUCCCCCAACUUGCAUCCCUUUCCGAAGAUUUCAGCCUCUCCCAUUCCUCCUCUGCUGCUCCUCUCUCCUCCGCAAGCCAGCCGUCACAGGAGCUCGACUCUCUAGCUGAUCUCCUCAUUCGCAUGUCUCUGUCUACAGGCUCGCGCCAUAGCAUGGGCGGUGGGGCCUUGAAAGGGGUUGACAGGCAUGGCAUGGGGCCUGGGGGGUCAAGGGGGGGCGAACGGCAUAGCGUGGCGGGUGGGGGGUUAAAGGGGGGCGACAGGCACAGCAAGGAAAGGAUGGGGCAGGAAGGGAGUAUAGGGGGGAAGGGGACCAUGGGGUUUGCGGGGGGGAUGAGGUGGGAGGGGAGCAUGGGGGGUGCGGAGGGGAUGGGGGAAGAGAGGCAGAGCAUGGGGAAUUGGGGAGUGGAUGUGAGCGCUAUAGGUGGGGAGGGGAGUGUGGGGAGCACGGAUGGUAUGGGAGGGGAUUGGGAGGGCAUGGGUAGUGGGGAUGCAAUGGGGGGAAAGUGGGAAGGCAAGGGCAUGGGUAGUGAGGAUAUGAGGGUAGUGAGGGAGGUGAGAGAAGCAGGAGGAGAGUGGAGAGCAGGGGCGGGUGAAGCAAAAGGGGAUCACUUGAGAGCAAGUGCCACUCCCUCAGGCAAGCUUGCUGCGCCUGUGAUGGGGGGAAAGCAGGGAGAAGGGGAAGGGGGGAGGGUGGAGGGGGAAGGGGACCUUUUCCCCCCUGCCCGCCCCUUGCACUGGUCUAAAGUGACUAAUGUGAAAGGGACAGUAAAAGGAACAAAAUCAGGUGGAAAGUCGAAGACAGGAGGAGGGGUCCAAGGAGAAGGGGGAGGACAGGGGGGGAGGAAGGGACUAGGGAAAGAUGAGUUGCAAGUGGUUGGUUUGGCUCGCGCCAACAACGUAGCCAUCAUGCUCACUCAAUUCCGCAUGCCCGAGAAUCAAAUCCGAGAUCUGAUCCUCGCAGGAGAUCCUAAGCACGUGCUGCCACCUGACCGCCUGGGCCUGCUGCUUCAGGUGAUUCCAACAGAGGAGGCGGCGAGGUUCAGAGCAGUCUCAGGUGCUGCUUCAGGUGCCAUGUGUGCACCUGAGCGCUUCCUUUGGUCCAUAUCCCUGAUCCCAAGAAUGAGGAGGAAAAUCGAGGCGCUAAUGUUUGUGCGGCAUUUUCACACCAUAGUCAAUGAUGCCCGGGCAGUCAUAAAAGUUUUUUGUCCUGCAGCCCGAGCGAUUCGCAGCAGCAAGAUUUUCCGGGCAGCGCUUGCAGCGGCGCUUGAAGUGGGGAACGAGCUCAACCGAGGCAGAGCAAGGGGUUCAGCCCGCGGGUUCUCUCUGGAUUCCCUCGCCCGCCUGUCAGAGGUGCGAGUCACUCCUCCAUCCCACCAUGCCAAGGGCCUCGACACACUGUUAACCGCCUCCCAGGUGGCUUCUGAGUCGACGCAGAAGUCAAACUCCUCCCAGAUUCUGCCUCCUGGCUCUCGAUUCUCGCGCACACAGUCCUUCCCUGUCACUCGUGCCAAUGCCCCCUCAUCCACCUCCUCCUCCUUGUCCUCGUCCUCCCCAUCCCCUUCCCCGUUUUCCUCCUCUUCCUCCUCCUCUGCUCGUCCCUCCUCCCCGUUCCCCACAUCCUCAACCCUCGCUGCCACCACACCUGCAGCCUCCCCUUUCCCUUCCCACCCUUCCCACCCUUCUCAUCCCUCGCCCCUGAUCGCCGGUGCAACAACGCUCCUCGACGUGGUGGUGAUUAUAACGAGGGGAAGCAACUCAACCAGCGCAGAGGGGGGAGAGGAGGGAGCAGGGGAAUUGGGGAGCAGCCUUGUGGGCAGUGCAGUCAGAAACAAGGGAGGAGAGGGGGGAGCAGGGAGGCGAGGGAAGCUGACAGUAGAGCUGGCAGCAGUGGGGGAGGCUGUUAGGAUGUCCCAGGCUGAGGUGGCGGAUGCCACGUGA